AUGGACUUAGAGACGGGCGUUAUCACACGACAGGCCCUGAAUCGUGUUGGGUAUCUUGGCUCCUUGUACAAUAUUCGUAGGGAUGAAUUCCUUGGAGCUGAAAUAUUCGAUUCCAAACUACCAGAUGACGUUGUAUCAACAGUCGACUGUCAUACACAGAACUUUCAUCUUGAUCACGAGAACAACUACUCGUCCACAUUCAAGCAUCUUGAUGUACAAGCAGAACUGAAGCUGAGCAUUAUGGGUGGAAUUAUCAAGAUCUCGGGCAAAGGCAACUAUUUGAGCACAGUCAAUACAAACGAUCGAUAUGAAUGUCUCACUUGUACAUCAUCUCUUAUUACAAAACGAGAUAAAGUUCAUAUAAGUUACAAAGGAGUUCAAAAAUGUAUAUGCAAAGAGGCGUUUUCCGAUCCUCGUGCCACUCACGUUGUCACCGAGAUCGUUUGGGGUGCCAAUGUCAUAGCUAAAUUUGAGCAAAAGAAAACAGGCAAGAACGAUCUGCAGAAAAUCGGCGGUCAACUAGAAGGUGCCAUGAAUAUUGGACCGGGCAUCGGUGCCAUGAAUACUGGAUCGGGCAUCGAGGGAAAAGCAGAUGUGGAAGUGGAAGAUAAAUCAAAUAACGUGAAGGAUAAAUUCAGUAUAACUUUCGUGGGUGAUGUUCAGAUGAAUAUAAUACCAGCUACGGUUGCCGAUGUUGCCACGGUUCUCAAAGGCAUACCUGAUAAAAUCAAACAGAUGAAUGGAGGCAAAGGUGUCCAGUUGUCUUUUGUAUUGACGCCCAUUAAAGAAGUGGCCCGCUAUGUUUCAGCCGUGCUUCCGUCCGCAUUUGAAAUGGUUACUGUUCGCCAAACGAACGAAAUGCUUGUCAAACGCAUUGAAAAGACUUUUGACUAUUUAUUACGAGAUACUCAGCGCAUGAACGGCCUCGUUGAACUCGUCAAACAUUAUUCGCACUAUCUUCCUCUCCAUGAAGUCGACAUCGUAGAAGAUCAACAAGUGAGUCCGUUUCUCAGCUCUCGCGUUUUUGCCAUUAUCCCCUACUAG